AUGCCGGAAGCCGCCCCUGGCUCUGCUGGCUCCGCCGCUCUCACCUACCCCUGGUCCUUCUCGUACUUCAAGAAAGUGGCCAACCGGUCGUACGAGGAGAACACUUCCGCUCUGGGCACCGUCCAAACAGUAGAGGACUUCUGGCAGCUGUACGUGCACCUGCGCCGGCCGUCUUCGGAGGAGCGGCCAACCAACUGCGACUACCACGUCUUCCGCGAGGGCAUCCGGCCGAUGUGGGAGGACAGCGAAAACCAGGCCGGCGGCAAGUGGAUCGUGCGGCUAAAGAAGGGGCUCGCAGCUCGCUACUGGGAGGACCUGCUCCUUGCGCUGAUGGGCGGGCAGUUCAAGGGCGACGAGAUCUGCGGGGCGGUGCUCUCGGUCCGGUACCAGGAGGACCUGCUCUCGCUGUGGAACAAGUCGGCCGACAGCCGGCGCGUAUGCAUGCAGAUCCGCGACACGCUGCGCCAGGUGACGGGGCUGCCGGCGGACGCGACGAUGGAGUACAAGAAGCACACCGACUCGAUGCGAGACAACUCCUCAUACCGCAACGCAAACGCAAACUUCUGACAGCAGGGGGGCCGGAAAAAGUCCUCGGACCUCACUCGCUCCCGGGGGGCGCGCGCCGGCGGGCGGAACUUGAGAGCGGCGGGCAGGCCCUGUCGGGGUGAGUACAGAGCAUUGGUGUACAGAGCAUAUGGUCUCUGUUCAAAAGAAUAUAUACAAAGUGA